GACACCUGAGCAGCCGCGGCCGAACUUCGGCCGCGCCGGCCGGCCGCUCGCCAUGGCCAUGGACACCAUCCUGGACGUGUUCUUCGAGAAGGUGUUCUCCAAGCUGCCGCGCGGGGCGCUGGUGUCGCGGUACAAGCGCGAGGAGCUGUGCGACUACUUCGGGACGGUCAUCGUGGGGUGCGUGGGCGCAGAGCAGGUGACGGCGCAGGAGGCCGUGGGACGCACGGUGUGCGCGGCGCUGCGCUACCACGCCGCCACGAGGGACGCCAACGGCAACGUGUGCCUCAAGGGCAAGUUCCACGACAUCCUGUACGUGGUGGCCAAGUUGGCCUACGACUGGGAGCUGCAGGACAGCCACACCGUCACGCGCCUGCUGCGCGACCUGCACGCGUGUGAGGACACGUUCGAGCGCCUCACCGUGGGCGCCAUCGUGGGCACCAGGGUGUCGCACCUGCUGUCGGGGUGGAAGAGCGAGUUCGCGGACCGCGAGGAGAACCUGCAGGCCCUGGAGUACUUCCUGCGGCACGCGGACGGGCAGCGCCUCGUGUUCCAGGCGAAGCAGGGCCCCGGCCUGGGCAAGCAGGCCAAGGACAGGCCUCGGCGCUUCGCGGACGUGGCCAUGCGCGCGUGCGGCGGGCUGACGGCGGCCGCCAUGGCGCUGGACGUGGCCAAGGUGGACACGCUGCUGCUGCUGCUGCGCCACGGCGCCACCAUCCAGUUCCCGGACCGCGAGAGCGUGGACGACGCGCGCGCCACGCCCGUGGACGUGGUGCUGGGCAAGCUGCUGGACUUCCGGGAGCGCUUCCCCGGCGAGCCCUUCCCGGAGGAGACGCUGGCGUGCCUGCGCGUGCUGCUGCGCGUGGUGCCCUCGGCCGCGGACUCGGCGCUGCUGCGCCACUGCCCUGACGUCAUCCUGGGCCUGGCGGGGCAGGACGGCGCGCCCCUGGUGCCCCUCUGCCGCCUCGGCGUGACGCCCCCCGAGCUGAAGCACCUGUCGCGCUGCGCCGUGCGGCACCAGCUGCACCUCGCCUGGGGGCUCCCCAAGGGCAUCGAGGCCCUGAGCGUGCCCCACGCCCUGCGCCGCUACCUGGACCUGGAGCUGGACUAGCUCUCUCUGGAAGCAGCUUGCCGCAGUGUAAUUUAUUGUUUUUUCAUUAUUUACGUUAGGGGUACUUGUUUACUUAUUUUUUUAGUGCGGAAGUAGGACUUACUCUGCUUCGCUGGGCUGGUGGAGCGGGACCAAAGAUGUACGUAAUUCUAGUUUAUCAACUUAUUCUACUAUCUACUCAUUCUAUUCUAAUUAUUAUCCUCUCUAUUCUAGUUACUAUCUACUUAUUCCAUUCUAGUAUUAUAGUAUUAUAUUCUAGUUAUUAUCUUAAGCAAACGUCUCCGGGCGAUCAAUGAGUGUCAUUUCUAGUCAGAUACUGUAAAUUUAUGUGUACAUGUGUGUUUGUUUCUUGUUUAUUUAUUUUGUUUUUGGUAGUUUAAAGUAAAAUGAGCCUUUCUGUGUCCGUCCAAUAAAUUGACCAUGCGCGAUAUUUCGAAAAGUUGUCGAACGAAUGUCAUCGCAAUGGCAACUACUUAUUCA